CCUGGCCAGCGUGCUUCAUUUCAUACAUAUAGGUGCGCUGAUCUCCAUUAAAGGCUUAAGCCAUUUUGGCUUGCUCUGUCCUCUCAGAGAAUAUUCGCUCUCUUUUUGCCUCUCAGAGUUAUCAUUUUCCUAUAUACAUACAUACAGGUGAUGGUUAGGUGUGUCGAUUGCGAAGUUUACUGCAGAAACAGACUAUAUUGGGCGAGAAUAAUAGGAUUUGUAGUGUGCCUAUGUCUUGUAUUCUUGUAUAUAUGCCAGGGUCCCCCUGCCCUCAAGGUGAAUUCCUUGAGUGGUAAGGUCAGCUCCCUCCAUGUUCCAGACAAGGUUUCCUCUGCCAGUCUAGGAAGGGGGCCACUGAACGUGGUGAUUGUGUAUGCCUUUGAUUGCACUAACUGGACCUCUGCCUGGUACACAGUGGAUGGGAUCUUUUGGAUGGUGCAAGAGAAGCUCACCUACUUCGCUGGAAGCUGCCUGGGUUACAUCUAUGUCAUAUCGACCCCAAACACGUACACGUUGGACAUGAAAGUAGUUGACCCUACUGAGACAAAGGAAACUGGCUACACAAAAUUUGCCUGGCACAGGAUGACUUGCACGAAAAACAUGGCAUCAGGCCUCGCCGAGGCGCAUAAAAUGAUCAGCAGCUGCGGGCACCACAACAGCAUCAUCUUGUUCUUCUCCGAUGGAUUGGUAAACAAGGGAGACUUCUUUGAUGGAACCCAGAACUUUGUUUCCAAAGUGCCCGUCCACACAUUUACGCUCGCCGGGGACGCAUAUAACCAUGUUCUCCACUCCAUUGUGGCAAAUUCUCCGGGUGGGAAGUUUCAUGCCACCGCUGUUCCAGAAAGGCCAAAUCUAUCAUCACCCUUCUCGAAACUACUCGAUAGCCUCCUUGGUGCCACCCCAAAGGACGAUGAGAAGCCUCCUGGUACCGUUUCAGGAAGGGAACCUCUAGACGUGGUGAUUAUUUCUGCCUUUGACAGCACUAACUCGACCCCUGCCUGGUACACGGUGGAUAAUGAGAUAUUUUGGUUGGUGCAAGAGAAGCUCACCCACUUCGCUAACAGCUGCAUGGGUUACAUCUACGUCAUGUCGACCCCUAACAUGUACACGUCAGACAUGAAAGUAGUUGACCCAGCUGACACAAAGGAAACUGGCUACAGGAAAUUCGAUUGGCGUAGGUUGAAAUGCACUAAAAACAUGGCAUCAGGCCUUGCCGAGGCACAUAAAAUGAUCAGCAGUCGCGGUUAUCACGACGGCGUCAUCUUGUUCUUCUCUGAUGGGUUGAUAAACUAGGGCAACUUCUUUGAUGGAACCAAGAACUUCAUCUCCAAAGUGCCUGUCCACACGUUUACUCUCGGAGGUGACGCAUAUAACCAUGGUCUCCAAGCCAUUGCCGCAAAUUCUCCGGGUGGGACGUUCAACCCCAUUCCAGUUCCAAGGAAACCACAUAUGUCAGCGCCCUUUUCCAAACUACUGGAUAGACUCCUCAGCAGCACCAUGAAGGACUAAAAUUAUCAAUAGUAUGGGCAAUUUUUCUGAAGUUACCGACAUGCACACACGCACUUGAUUUCCAGCACCUUUACUCAUUUACUAUGUUGAAUUGCCAUUACUAAUAAGCAAGUGCCACUACCCUAUGUGUGCAUAAAUUGCAUUGACACACUUGUAUCUUUUGUUUCUUGUAACCUGACUAAGAUUCAACUCAAUGUGAAGGGUGGUAUCUCCUUUGGAAUUUCUACUGAAACCGAGAGGGGAGCCGUGCCGGAGUUGCCAUGGAUUUGCUUGGCGAUUUGCCUGCAGCGUACUGCUAUGUCAAUGCAUCUAGUUACUUGCUGGUAUAAUUAUAAAGUUGGUGGUUCACUACGCCUAUGUCUUUAUUUUUUGCAAGAAUACCACACCUAUGUCGUUGAAGUACCUACAUUUAACAGAUGUUAACUGUUUGUGAUAAUACCAGAAUCUUACAGUGCAAACUAUGUCUAUGUCCAUUGUGUGUAUCGACAGAAGUUCAUCACUUUAUCUUAAAAGACCAGAAAAAACAUCCACACAUUUCUUUUGCGGGAAAAACUUGUAUUACUCACGUUGCCAAGCUACUCUCAGCAUUACAUAGUUCGAUAAUGCCAUCUGGACCAGAACCCAACCAUAAUGAGCUUCUGUUGAUACACACUGUGAGGCUAACGUAUGGCUUUGAACUGAAAAAAAAUGUGAGCUUGAUACACUCAGUAUACACACUAGGGCACAUAAUGAGCUUCUGUUGAACUUUCGGAGGGGUCAAUGAACCCCAAACAUUCUUCCAGUAGCUUCGCUCACCACCAGGAGAAGUUCUAGAUGAGGACUGCGAGGUCUGAUAUAAUAAUUCAUCAAAAACAAUCUGAUAAGAGGCUUUCCCUGCCUCUCGCCGGCACCAGUCCGCAUCAUCUCGUAUGGUCCUUGGAUCAUGGAGACGUGGUGGAUCCUGGACCUUGCCGGGCAGAGGGCUCCUUUUUCGGUGUUGUUUUUUUGGAAUUUUUUUUAGAUUUCUGUCAUGCCCAGGAAGACAAGGCGGAGGUGGCUUCUUGAAGACGCAAUAAGGUCCUCCCCGCCUAGCCACCGUCCAGGAGAUGUUUCUAGCAUCGUCGGAGAGUGUGUGGAGGUGUGUCUCCGACGGAUCUCGUGGGAUCCGGUCGGUUUUUGUCUUCGGUGGAUCUGUUGGAUCAGGUCUUCGUUCGUCUACAUCUAUGUGCCUGCAGGUUCGAUCCUUCCAAUCUAGACUUCUCUUCAUCGACGGCAGCUACUGUUCUGGUGCGCUUGUUCUGUGGGGUCUUAGCAGGACGACUUCCCGGCUGUUUACUCGACACUGAUGAGGGAGGGGCGAUGACGGUGGUGCCUUCGGCUCGCUCUAGUGCUUGU